UUCUCGUUCCGUAAAAAUAACCCAUACGUGAUUUUCAGUAUCCACUGCGAAUAAACGUGUUUAGAAAACUGCUUCGAUAUUUCAGGAGUUAUUAUUAUGGUGAACCACAAGCAGAGCGCAUGUGCAGAACUCGCUGGAACUGCGUACGCAUAGCUGGGGCAGUCGUCGCUCUUUCUCCGCAGACGGCAAACCGCAGUGCACGAAUUCGUUGAGGGUUUAAGCAAGAGCGGAUUCGAGAGCAGCAGUCAGCCUGUGGUAGACCAUCGUGUGACCUGCGUUAGUCCUAGAUAUUAGAUAGUUAGGCUUUGCUUGCUUUUCUACGUGUGACUUAACCCGCUACAUCCUAUCCUUCAAUCGUGAGAGUGUAUGUUUCAGACGAGUUAGGUAUGAAGAGAGCGGAGCAGCGGCAGAACAAAGGAAACACCAUGUCACGCAGCGAAUCCACGGUCAGCCGACGCACACCGCACACACCACUCGGUCUACCCGACAGCGUCAGCAUAGACUCCAACCCUAUGCUCACCAUAUACCGAUGCCGAGCACCCAUCGCGUCACUGGACUGUAUGGACGAUUUCAGCACAAACUCUGCUCUGCACUUAUUUCAACCAGCCAGUUGGGAAAAUAUGGCACGUCAGUCGUCAGUGUAUAUGGGGAACCACGCAAGUAUGCCAUCAUCAGUGACUCCGGGACUUCGUUACAAAAACAUGGGCAAGUCAGGAUUGCGAGUGCCCAACAUAGGCCUCAGCCUGUGGACUAUGCUGAACGAAGAUGUCGCUGAAGACCUCGUCAUGACAGCUCUCGAGAGUGGAAUCAAUUUAUUUGAUUUAUCUAAAGCUCAUAACGCACAGGGUGAAGCAGAAUUGGGCAGAAUACUGAAGAAAAGAAACGUGAAACGAUCCAGUAUUAUUAUUACAACCAAAAUCUAUUGGAGUACUAAGUGUGAAGAAAGAGGUCAAUCUCGAAAACAUAUAAUAGAAAGCGUGAAGGAGUCACUGGGGAGGCUCCAGCUAGAGUACAUAGACUUAGUUCUUGUACAUAAAGUGGAUCCCGUGUGUCCGAUGGAAGAAUUGGUCCGAACAAUGAACUACCUCGUAAACCAAGGUUACGCGAUGUAUUGGGGUACAGCGCGCUGGACUCCAUCCGAGAUAAUGGACGCGUACUCUAAGUGUCGAUCAUUCAAUUGCUGUACGCCGGUCGUCGAGCAGACUGAGUACCAUAUGUUCUGUCGUGAAAAGACCGAACUGUACAUGCCAGAAGUGUAUCAUAAAAUUGGAGUGGGAACUAUGGUGUGGUCUGCACUUACUACUGAUAAGGGUUUGCACCAUGAGGAGGUGGCAGAGUUAUUUGCCAAAUCUCGGUUCAACCGCAAGUACAGCACAUUUAGCUGGUGGGAGGAGGAAGUCGUUGCUAACAAUGAACUCGAAAACAAUGAAUCUACAGUAGCCGAAGAAUCACGAAGUUUCAAGGACAAACUGAGAGCUCUCUCCGACCUAGCAAAUGCCUUGAAUUGCUCGAUAAGGCAGUUGUCGGUGGCGUGGUGUCUUAAAAAUGAAAAUGUAAACUGCUUACUUCUAGGCGCUACAAGUGUCGAACAAUUCAAAGAAAAUAUACACGCACUGCAGAUCGUGCCUCAAUUGUCUCCGGCGGUGAUUAUGGACAUCGAAAAAAUUCUGGCAAACAAACCUCAGCGACCCCCGAUGAUAUCAACUCUGACGAUGAGAAACCAACAGAACGCCAAACCAGACGCGACUGAUGGCACAGAGACGCCGAAAGAAGAUGAUGUAGAAGCCAACGUUGUGACCCCCGAGAAGGAGGAAGAAGUCAGGGGUUGUGCGGUUCAAUGACAUUGGUGGAAAGGAAGCUCUGACACGGCUUCCAAGUCUAGUAAAUCUAAGGACUCGCUGCUAAAAGACUCGAAACCUAAGUUCUUUUUGAACAAUGCGGGCGCGGUGAUACGGCGCGUAGAACAUGACGGCGUGACAUCCGAUACAGUAGUAUCUGUAUCUUCUUUGAAGGGCAAACAACCAGCAUCAGGAGGCAGCAAGGGUAAGAAGUCUAAGUCGGAAUCCUCCCAGUCACGUUCUGCCUCGCUGCAGCGCUCCACGUCAGGGCAAUUGGCGAGCUCCCGAGACCGUAAAAUGUCUAGGUUCAAUCUGGGAUCACCUGCUGAUGUAUAAAGUAUGAAACAUGGCGGAAUCCAGGGCAAGAAAAUGAUCAUAAACUUUUGUAAAAUUAGAUAUACAUUUUGUAAUUAUUUCACUUAAGGACAAAAACUGACAUCGUUUACCACAAAUUAGUUUAAGGUAUCACUAUAUAGAGGUCAAUAUUCAUGUGGCUAUAACCUAUAAUGUUUUAUCGUUACAAAAGAGAAAAAUAUUAUUUACUAGAAAAUAAGUGCCUCCGUUACCUACCUAAUGGAAGUAAUGUAUAUUAUUUUAGUAUAGUAAAUAUAUAGUUUAGUAUGUAGCGCAUAAAUUGCUGUAUAUACUAUUUUUAUUUUUGAAAUUGUUUAGAAAGUUGUCACACACAUGAACAUGACUUUCACUAAAUAUUAUAGUAUAAAGUACUUAUUUUAGCUAUAAGGUCAAAUAAAUCUUGCGCACUGUGUCACAUAUCAAUUGUUAUAACAAUGUGAUUGUAAAUAGAAAUGUAAUAGUCAAUUUACAUGAAAGGACCGAUUUAAUGUUAGUAGGUACCAUGCGCUUUGUUGUUUGACUAAACUAAAUAAUUCAAUCAGCCUUAUGAAUGUAUGUAUAUAAUAUAGUGUU